AUGACGAAAAGCGAACUCCAGCAAGAUGAUGGAAAGGUCUUGAAUUUCGACCAUCUUACAUUUUGGGUCGCGAAUGCUACAACGAUAACAAUAAUCUUUCAAUCACCAACAUCAAGUGAUGAUGAGAUCGCUAAAGAAAUAGCAGCGCAUGGCGAUUUCGUGAAAGAUGUUGCUUUCGAAGUCAACAAUUUGGAGGAGAUCGUUAAGAGAGCUAAAAGUCAAGGUGCUUUUAUCGUGAAGGAUAUUACAGAAGAAGAAGAUGAUAAUGGUUCUAUUAAAUCGGCCAUAUUAAAGACGUAUGGCGACAACACUCACACCCUAAUAGACCGAUCAAAAUACAAAGGAGUAUUUCUUCCUGGUUACACCAUUACUAAUGAUGAAGACCCGUUGAAUAAGCUUCUGCCAGAGACCAACCUGGAAUACGUAGAUCAUGUGGAAGGAAACAUGGCUGAUGGAACCCUCGAAGAUUCGGUUCUGUGGUAUCAGAAGAAUCUAAAUAUGCAUCGCUUCUGGUGUGUAGAUUAUCUACACGAUUUGGUUCCGUAUUCCUGUAUCAAUUCGGCAUCUGUUAUCAACCAAUCAGAAACCGUGCUUCUAUCAUUGAACGAAGCAGCGAAAGGUCUUCGUCCUUCGAGCAAAGCCAGCGAAUUUGUAAAAGCCUUGGGAACGUCUGGAGUGGAACAUGUAGCCUUGUACACAGAUGACAUAGUGGAAACAAUGAAAAAUCUAAAAGCCCGUGGUGCAGAGAUCGUCACAUGGCCAGCAACGUAUUACGAUAUUAUACAAGAGAAACUGAACAAAAGUUCGGUAAAGGUUAAAGAAACCAUUGAUGACCUAAAAGAACAGAACAUUCUCAUAGACUUUGAUGAAAGAGGUUAUAUGCUACAAGCGUUCACUAAGCACGUCCAAUCGCGGCCUACACUCUUUCUGGAAAUCAUACAACGGAGAAACCAUAGAGGUUUCGGCGCAAUGAAUUACAAAUGGGUAUUCGAAGCAAUUGAGCAACUCACUGAAACUAAGGAAAACACUAAGGAAUAA